AUGAGGUCCUUUUCACUUCUCCCCAUCGCGGCUCUCUGCGCCACCUCGCUCGCUGCACCAACACCCGCAGAGGGCGUCAGCUUUCCCAUCACUGACUUGCUCGACUCUGAUCUUACCAUUGAUGAAUACGUCCGUCAGCUUGAAGGCAACAGCAAUGCCGCACCCGCUGUUACCAAGCGUCAAUACACUGGCACUACUUACAACCAACUCACCGAUGGCACCCCUUGCCGUGCCGUGACUGUCAUCUACGCACGCGGCACGACACAAGAGGGAAAUGUCGGUGAUGUAGGCUCCGAGGGCCCUACGUUCCUCAAUGCUCUUGCCAACCGCUUGGGGGGAACUGGCCGUCUUGCCAUCCAGGGCGUAGACUACCCAGCAAACAUCUUCGGAUUCUUGGCGGGCGGAGAUGCCGGCGGAGCCACGACAACACUCAACCUCAUCAACCGGGCCAUCACCCAAUGCCCAUCCACCAAGAUUGUAGUCUCAGGCUACAGCCAGGGCGCCCAACUCGUACACACCGCUACCCAAAGACUCUCAGCCGCCAAUGCUGCCCGUAUCAACGCAAUCGUCACAUUCGGAGACCCAGAUCAAGACGAGAGCUUCGGCCCCGUUGCCGCCUCCAAGAUCCUCAUCAUCUGUCACGAUGGCGACAACAUCUGCGACAACGGCAUCAUCGUCACCGCUGACCACAGGAACUACGAGCGCGAUGCUCCCGCGGCUGCGGAAUUCGUGGCCGCCCGUGUUUAG